UCUACAAGCAUGUUUCUCUUAUUUUGUCUCACAUUCUCUACAAUUACUUUUAUAUCACUCCUGAUUACAUUCAUAUGGUUUUCAUCUACUUUAAACCCCAUAAAAAAUCGACCACCAUCCCCACGAAAGCUUCCAAUAAUUGGGAACCUUCAUCAACUAGGCUCGAACCCACACCGCGCUCUUCAAACCAUAACCAAUAAACACGGUCCACUCGUUCUCAUUCACCUAGGAAGUGUGCCUGUGCUUGUGGCAUCAUCGGCUGAAACAGCCUGUGCAAUCUUGAAAACCCAUGAUCUAAUCUUUGCAAGCAGACCCAAGUUAAGUAUCCCCGACACACUUACUUAUGGAUCUAAGAACAUAGCAUUUGCACCAUAUGGGGAGCACUGGAGGCGGGUGAGAAGCAUUGCUGUGCUACAACUUUUAAGUAAUAAGCGAGUUCAAUCAUUUCGACAAGUGAGAGAACAAGAAACCCAUGUUAUAAUCGAUGAAAUUGGUAAAAGUUGUGGAUCGGUGAUUGAUUUAGGGGAGUUGCUGAAUUUGCUUACAAAUAAUGUAAUUUGUAGGGUGGCAUUAGGGAGAACAUAUGAAAGUAAAAAGUUUAAUGACUUGUUGGCAAGGUUUACCUAUCUUAUUGGUUGUUUUUCAAUCGGGAACUAUAUUCCGUGGUUGUCAUGGGUGGAUCGUGUGAGCGGUUUAGAGGCAAGAACAAAGAAGGUUGCUAAAGAAUUUGACGAGUUUCUUGAGGGUGUUCUGGAAGAACAUGUAUAUAAGAAAACAAUGAUGGAUGGGGAGGGAAAUCGAAAUGACAAAGGUCAAGAUUUACUUGACAUAUUACUAGAUCUUCAGAUAGAGUCCAACACCAGCUUUAUGCAUAGGGAAGUCAUUAAAGCUGGCAUCAUGGACUUAUUUGCUGCUGGAACUGAUGUUACAUCCACAUCCAUCGAGUGGGCAAUUAGUGAGCUAAUAAGACAUCCAAGAGUUAUGAAAAAGUUACAGAAAGAAGUGACAGAAAUAGCUCUUGGAAAACCCAUGAUUACCGAGGAUGAUUUAGAGAAAAUGACCUACUUACAUGCUGUCCUCAAAGAGGCGUUGCGAUUGCAUACUCCUGCUCCAUUACUCAUUUCCCGAGAAUCAACACAAGAUGUCAAACUCAUGGGGUACGACAUUUCAGCAGGUACACAAGUGAUUAUUAAUGCAUGGGCGAUAGGAAGAGAUCCUUCACAAUGGGAGGAACCCGAGAUGUUUUGUCCAGAGAGGUUUUUGAACAAUUCUAUUGACUAUAGAGGGCAUAACUUUGAGUAUAUUCCAUUUGGUGCUGGAAGGAGAGGGUGUCCUGGUAUUCACUUUGCUAUUGUUGUUAACGAACUUGUUUUAGCUAAUUUGGUGUAUAAAUAUGACUUUGCAUUGCCAGAAGAGGUGAAAGGGGAAGAACUUGACAUGACUGAGAUCACUGGCCUUGUACUUCGUAGGAAGUCCCCUUUAUUGGUUGUGGCAACUCCUCAUUUCGAUUAGAUGCAAGUAUCUAGUAAUUUCGUGAUCUAAUUAUAAUGGUCACAUAUAUGGUUUAAGAGUAUACAGUGGUAAUAAUUUUCUACAAUAA